AAUUAUGAUGUUUUUUGUUAAAUAUUUAAUAUAGAAAAAAACUACUAUAGCAUUUAAUAAUUUAUCAAAUAUCACAGUGAUCGGAUUGUACCAGAAGGAACGAGUAGAAAUAAGAAAUGGUGUAAAGACUAGAGGGACGUAGAAGAUUCCAGAAGCACAGCUUCACCUCUGGCAAUUUUCUUUCUCCAACAGAAUACUCUAGAAUUCUUCUUCUUUCAUAUAUAAUAUACCUUUCUUCCUCCUCUCGAAAAUUAGAUCAAUAAGUAUUCAAACAACUUGCAAAUACAAAUCCCUUCUUCAUUGCGUCCUUUAAGUUUCACUUCACAUUUUUAGCAUAUUUUCAAUGGCGGAUGUUCAAAUGGCUGAGGGAGAGACCUUUGCUUUCCAGGCUGAGAUUAACCAGUUGUUGAGUUUGAUCAUCAAUACUUUCUACAGCAACAAGGAGAUUUUCCUCCGGGAACUUAUUAGCAAUUCAUCUGAUGCAUUGGAUAAGAUCCGAUUCGAGAGCUUGACGGAUAAGAGCAAGUUAGAUGCUCAGCCGGAACUCUUCAUUCGUAUUGUUCCUGAUAAGGCGAGCAAGACGCUCUCUAUUAUUGAUAGCGGUAUCGGCAUGACCAAAGCAGAUUUGGUGAACAAUCUGGGUACCAUUGCAAGGUCUGGCACCAAGGAAUUUAUGGAAGCUUUGCAAGCUGGUGCUGAUGUGAGCAUGAUUGGUCAAUUUGGCGUUGGUUUCUAUUCUGCUUACCUUGUAGCGGAGAAAGUUAUUGUGACAACCAAGCACAACGAUGAUGAGCAGUAUAUCUGGGAAUCACAAGCAGGUGGUUCAUUCACUGUUACGAGGGAUGUCAGUGGAGAGCAAUUGGGCAGAGGAACAAAGAUUACUCUCUUCCUCAAGGAAGACCAGCUGGAGUACUUGGAAGAAAGGAGAAUCAAGGACCUUGUAAAGAAGCACUCUGAAUUCAUUAGCUAUCCAAUUUACCUCUGGGCUGAGAAGACUACUGAGAAAGAAAUCAGUGAUGAUGAAGAUGAUGAGCCCAAGAAAGACGAGGAGGGUGCUGUUGAGGAGGUCGAUGAGGAUAAAGAGAAGGAGAAAGGCAAGAAAAAGAAGAUUAAGGAGGUUUCUCACGAGUGGGAACUCAUUAACAAGCAGAAACCUAUCUGGUUGCGCAAGCCGGAGGAGAUUACUAAGGAGGAGUAUGCCUCUUUCUACAAGAGUUUGACCAAUGAUUGGGAGGAUCACCUUGCUGUCAAACACUUCUCUGUCGAGGGGCAGCUUGAGUUCAAGGCUAUUCUCUUUGUGCCCAAGAGAGCUCCGUUCGAUCUUUUUGACUCCCGGAAAAAGAUGAACAACAUAAAGUUAUACGUCAGGAGGGUGUUCAUUAUGGAUAACUGUGAGGAGCUUAUGCCUGAGUACCUUGGAUUUGUGAAGGGUGUUGUGGACUCUGAUGAUUUGCCUCUCAACAUCUCUCGUGAGAUGCUACAACAAAACAAGAUUCUUAAGGUGAUUAGGAAGAACCUCGUGAAGAAAUGUAUUGAGAUGUUCAAUGAAAUUGCUGAGAACAAGGAGGACUAUAACAAGUUCUACGAGGCUUUCUCAAAGAACUUGAAGUUGGGUAUUCACGAAGACAGCCAGAACAGAGCCAAAUUGGCUGACCUCCUUCGUUACCACUCCACCAAGAGUGGUGAUGAGAUGACCAGCCUGAAGGAUUAUGUCACUAGGAUGAAGGAGGGCCAGAAAGAUAUCUACUAUAUAACUGGAGAGAGCAAGAAGGCGGUUGAGAACUCCCCAUUCUUGGAGCGUCUCAAGAAGAAAGGAUAUGAAGUGCUCUACAUGGUUGAUGCUAUUGAUGAAUACGCUGUGGGGCAGCUGAAAGAAUAUGAUGGUAAGAAACUGGUCUCUGCCACCAAGGAAGGAUUGAAGCUCGAUGAUGAAACCGAAGAAGAGAAGAAGAAAAAAGAGGAGAAGAAAAGAUCUUUUGAGAAUCUCUGCAAGACGAUCAAAGACUUCCUUGGUGACAGGGUUGAGAAGGUGGUUGUUUCUGAUAGGAUUGUUGACUCUCCAUGUUGCUUGGUGACUGGCGAAUAUGGUUGGACAGCCAACAUGGAAAGGAUCAUGAAGGCUCAGGCUUUGAGGGACAGCAGCAUGAGUUCUUACAUGUCUAGCAAGAAGACUAUGGAAAUUAACCCCGACAAUGGAAUCAUGGAGGAAUUGAGGAAGAGAGCUGAGGCAGACAAAAAUGACAAAUCAGUGAAGGAUCUUGUAAUGUUGCUCUUCGAGACAGCUCUACUGACAUCUGGUUUUAGCCUUGAUGACCCGAAUACCUUUGCUGCAAGAAUCCACAGGAUGUUGAAGUUGGGUCUAAGCAUAGAGGAAGAGGAAGAGGAAGAAGCUGGUCAAGAUGAAGACAUGCCUGCACUGGAGGAAGCUGGCGAGGAAAGCAAGAUGGAAGAAGUAGACUAAGCACUGAAGUCAGUUGAGACGUGAGAUGUCUUACAUUGGGUGUGUGGAAUUACAUUUUGAAUUGUUCUCUAUUUUCUCAAUCUUGUGUUUAGUAGAGUAGUUGUUGGCUAUAGUGGUUCGGAUGGAUCAGUUGAGUCUGUUGUGUAAGCAAUCUGUGUCGUGUCUCGUCCAAGCUGUAAUAGAGUUUGUUCAUCCGUUUACUGAAUUGUUAUAGUCUAUUUUGAUCA